CAUCGGAACAUGCGGCGGUCGUUGUCAUCGUCGGCGUCGGAGCCGAGCCCCGAACCUCGCCCAUCCCGAGCUAGCGAUGACCAGAAGAGAAUGGUGGAAGCGUUGUCCAACCAGGUCGAGCUCCUGCAACAACGGGAUCUGCACCAACACAACGAGUUGGACCGAUUGCGAAGGCUCGUGGGCGAUGCCUCUGCUGCCGCCCAGUCCUCCCCAUUUCAAUCACCUCCUCCCAAAGCAUGCGCGCGAUCCGACCAACACAUCGAUGAAAUUGAAGCGCUGCGACGUGAAAAGCGGGAUCUGCAGCUCCAUAACUGCGAACUCGAAGUCCAAAUCCAAGACGCCGCCCACAGUAUUGAGGGAUUCAGCGCAGCUAUCGAGAAGCUUGAGGACGGGUACAAGACGAAGGAAGAGACGUGGAAACGACAGAUCGCAGACCUGCAGCAGGAAUGCGAUGGCCUCGCACGCACCAACCGACAACUUCAAGGCCAACUCGCGCAGUUCGACCAAGUCAAGGAGAAACUUUCCAAGAAGGAACAAGCGCUGGCAGACCUCCGCGCCCAAUUUGACGAGUACAAGAUCCAAUUGACUGAGUCAACACAAGAUCGAAAGGUACUUCAGACCACACAAGAAACGCUUCGAGCGACGCAAGCUGCACUGGACAAAGCGGAGGCGCAGAACGCGUCCCUUUCGUCAAAAUUGGACGUACUAAAGACGCAAUACCGUGAAUCGUGCCGGGCGUUGGACUCGAAAUCCCGUCAACUGUCGCAGCUGGACGUGACGAGUCGCCCGCAAGGUCAAUCCGUGCUAGUCCGGACUCUGCGGGACGAAGUCCGCUUGCUUAAAAGCACACUGGAAGCGCAGUUCCGUGACGAAAAAACCCAGUUGCAGGAUCGAAUUCACUCGCUCGAGAGCCAAGUCACCGCGAUGCACACUACACUACGCCAAAAAGAUGACUUGGUGAUGUCGUUGCAAACCGAAGCACUGGAGAAAGACGUCGAGCUAAGCGCGAUGGCUGAUGCAAAACGCGCCGCGGAUGGCAAGAUCGAUCGCCUCGAGCGCGAGCUCACAGCGGCGCGGGUCGAAAUGGAGCAACUUGUUGAAUGCCGGGGGUUCCUUGGUGACAAUAUUGAAACUGGUUUCAAGGAGUUACUCCUCCAAGAUGAACAAACGGAUGCCCUCGAGCGCGAACUUGCAGUCGCCCAAAGCAACAUGCAACGCCUCCAACUCGAAUGCCGAGGACUCAAGGACGAUGUCAACACCCUUCGUGAAAUGAACGAGCAACUUCGUCUGAAACGGGGGGAAAUCCAAGAGCAAGUCGCCGCCAAAGACGCUGAAUUGGCGACGCUGCGAGCCGACGCUCAGCGGGUUCCCGAGCUGCUGUCUGCACAGCGUGACUGGGAAGACAUCAUCGCAAAGCAUGAACAAAGCAUGAACGCCCUGCGCCACGACGUUGAACAACUUCAAAGCAAGCUCGACGCGCGGGCCGACUACGAUGAAAUUUUGGCGAAAUUGCAGCGAGCCGAGGAGCGACUGACCUCGUGGCAGCAUGCAAAAGACGAAGUGAAAGCUCGGGACAAACAGAUGAAGCACUUGCUGCAGCGUUUGGAGGCAAUUGGCAAGAGAAAUGCUGAAUUGGACGAAGUGUUACAACACGCAUUGGCGCAGUCCAAGCAGGACCACGUGGACAUGGUUGCAUUGCGUGCUCGACUGAAAUCGUCCAAGGAAAAGGUCGCUCGAUAUGACGCCAUGCAGCAAGCCGUCGUGGCAGCUGAAGACAAAGCUCGCGAUGCCGUCACGAUGAAGCAUAUGAUCAAGCAGCAACUGGACACGUUGCAACGACAAGUGAGCGAGCUGCAGCGCGAUAAGGUGAGGCACGAGGCCGACGUCAAGCAGUGGCAGCGAACUCAACAACACAUGGAAGCCGUCAUGGAGACCCACACAAAGGAACUCGUUGCCGAAAUCGAAGGUCUGCAGCAGCAGGUUGCCAAUGCCACCAAGAAGGCCGACAUCGCCGUGAAGGCGCGGCGGGCGCUCGAGCUCGAAGUGCACGAGAAAAACUCCACCAUUGCCAAACUCCAUCAAGCUGUCAAUAUUCUCGACGCUCGGUCGUGUGUUACAGCCAGCCCCAAAGUUAAAGGAACCAGUCGAACACCACCCGUGGUCUCCAGCCCACGGCACCAACGACGAACUCCAUCGGAGAGGACCGACCAAGACAGCGAUAUUCUACGACGGGUACCUCGCUUCGAACAAGGGCACGAUUCGAGAGACAAAGCCACCAACAACCUGCAGCGGCUGUCACCAAACCCGGCCGAAGAAAUGGAACUGCUCUUGAAGAAGCUCGAGCGGAUAUCCCAGCAAUACACAUAGACAGCGUCUGCUGGACAAUACGAUAGAGACUGUGCCGUCGCGUCAGUGGUGUAAAGUGUAACCUCGUUCUCGAUGUGGACCGUACACGC